AUGAGCCGUGUCGAGCUGAUAGUGCUGAAGUCGGCCCAGACCCCGCUGGUCAUUGACGAGUAUUUGCAAUGGGCCAAGUACAAAAUUGAACCGAUAGUCGAGCAGUACAAGCUGGUGACGGUCGAGCAAGUGGUGGAUGAGUUCAAGCAGUUGAAGGUGACCACAAACACGGUUGGCAUUAGUAUUGCCACGAUUGUGUUGGUGAUGAUAAUUGGUAAGGUGCUCGGUCUGGCAGCCCCGGCGGCGGCCAAGGAGAAGCCCAAGAAGAAGAAAAAGCGGGAGCUGAAGGCCAAAAUGGCUAAUCGCCAAAUUCAGGCGGUUUUGGAUUUUGUCGAGCUGGUGUAUGUGCCCCAAAUCGACGAGUACAUCUUGAACUACAAGGAAUUGAGCGACGAAGAUGUCAGCUACAAAUACAACUACUUUGAGGAGAUGUUGCUUAAAGAGUUGAUGAAAUUAGAUGAGAUCGACGUCAUCGGUAACGACGUGUUGCGCGAGAAUCGCCGUAAAGUUAUCAAAUUCAUCCAAGACCAUCAAAGACGUCUUGACAAGUUUAAACGUGAGGUAGGAUUCCAAUAA